AUGGCUCGCGCUUUUAAAGUUCCAGUGCCAAAAUCGUACAAUAAUGUCACCGAGGCUAAAUUGAUCCAGAAGGGGAACAAUGUUUGGGUACAGUUACCAGCGAAUAUGGUCACAGACAAAAGAAUGAGCAGAAAAUCCGUGUACAUGGAUGAUUUUAACGUCCGGCCUUUCAACAGUCACAGAUACAGGAAUGUGAAGCCUAAAGUUGUAACGCGUCGUUCCAGUUAUCCACAGUUACAUCGGGUAAUGAAUGAAUUUGUUAUUUAGUGUCAAAUUUCAUUUCUUAAUCUUUUGUAUAUUUUUUGUAUUAACUUGCUAUUGUUUCCGCCAAUUGCUGGCGAAAUGUAGUGUGUGGGGUUCCUGUGUAGUUAGCGUUGAAUAAUAUCCGAGAAAGUUGGUUGAAAAUUCGAAACUUGUUGAAACUACACGAAGAACAUGAUGAAUUCAGUAAAGAUAUGGACAUUAAUUAAAAAACUCAAAGGCCAUAAUGUCAUUGAUGCGCUGUGGCCUAUUAUCUUAUGCUUCUAAGUGUCAGUGUACAUAGGCCCAGAGCAAGCAGCAAUCUUUUGUAAGAGAUGCAACAGAGAUCUUUUUGUAUUUUUCAGGUAUCUCCUACAAAAGAUGACUGCUUGUUUUUUUUUCACUCCCAUGUAUAAUAAUAAAUGUCGGUUUAUAUUCAAGAAGUUGUUGGUUUCAAGGGAAGGUUCCGAGCUACUAACCUCCAGACGGAGGGCCUUGAAACGUUGAAAUAUUUUCUAUAUUUUCAAACAGUUUCAUCCAUCAAGCAGGAUAUUGUUCAACGUUGUCCACAUUCGAAACCCACAUUCGAAACACAAUUACAGAUUCGAAAUACAAUUACAGAUAAUUCGAGAUACAAUUACAGAUUCGAAAUACAAUUACAGUUCAUAUAUAUAUAGGCUAUAGCUAUUAACACGAACAGCAAGAAAACGUCUUAUUUUCAUAACAAGUUGCUUAUUAUUGUUGUCUUCUUUUUUUCUGUUAAAACAUUUACCAAAAGUUUUUCAAUUUUCAUGUAGGAAUUUUCAUAUCCUCGAGAUCAUUUGAUUGCAGGUUAUAGCGAGACAAAUCGCGGAGGACUUACUACUGCGACUGAUCUGAAUUUGAACACUAGCAGAAAAUUUGGUGACCCAUCCAACAGUUUCUAUGAGGGUAAGUGCUUUGAGAUACUUCGCUAAUCUUGUACACAAACAUUCUGUAAACAUCCUCUAAAUAUAUAGUGUCAUUUUUCGGGUGUAUUGUAUAAAUCAAAAUAUAGAAAAAUAUUUCGAAGCAAGGUUUAGUUAGUAAUCUCGGGCUCUAAUCCGGCUUCAGGUAUUUUUUAAUGGAAUACGUCCACCUUUCCAUUGCUUGCAUUGCAGACCGGCUAACUUAAAGCUGCUGAAAGUUUCUUCAUAAACUGAGUAUAUACUACUACUUGUUUGGGGAAACACCACGUAAAUUUAAUACUGCAAAGCUUUCGAUCCGUAAGCCCGGAUCUUCAUCAGUGCUAAUAACUGAUAUGAUCACAUAUCUACAAAGAACGUAAACUGAGUAGUUAAAACGUGACACUAAUGUCAAUACAGUUUCUCCACCUGUGCAUUAUUGACUGAUAAGUGUACAUAUUUAUUUCGUGCCUGCUUAAACUGUCUUGUUAUGAAAACAAGGUAACUAGGUGACAGAUGAACUGUUGUUGUAUUUAGCGAAAUAGAAGGGCUCUGUUGGGCUUUGCCGCAAACACCUGUACUCAAUUAAUUAUUUAUGGCGCAUGGAAUAAAUUAAGAUAUUUUCGUUUAUAAAGAUAUAACAAUCUAAAAAUAUACUCGCUGGUAACGUCUCUUAUUUUUCUGGCAGUUAGAUCCCUUAGAUCAAAAUCCACUCAAUCAUAGCCGUUGACCAAACAGUUUUCAUUUUGCCAUGCAGAAUCGUGCAAAAGUCGUCUAGCAUUAAAUUCCACAAUUAGGUUUCUUUAGUAUUUUCCAGUUUAUAUGAAUUUGUAUUUUGCCAACUUCAAGGUAUGUCAAAGGGAAGAUAUUACGAAGGAAUGAAGUAUAAAAGUGGUGAACCGGUAAGCUAUUGAAAGUUGAAGAUUAUUUCUUCAAUAUUAUUUUGACUCAGCUUAACCCUUUAAGUGGCAAUGCGCCCUACUUUAUUAUUUUACUUGUCUAACGCCAGACUAUUUUACUCUGUCUACGCCAGACGAUUUUACUCGUUAGGGGGAGAGCGCUGCCACUCAAUGGGUUAAUUGGUGGAUUUUAGUAAGCGUUAUAGCAAAUGGUAGUCAAUUUUGAUAAUUACAGGGGAAAACAUGUUAAACUUCAUCUCUAAAUUCUAUUCAAUUGCCUCCAAAUAUGAGACUACUACAAAUAGUUAAAAAAUGAACAUUAUUUUCUCACUCUGAUAACUGCAGGUUGACCAUCAUCUGCUGCACGAUACUGCUUAGUUAGACUCGCCAAUUUUGACUGCUUUAUUUUCUAUGAUUGAUUUAUUAUUUUUACUCAAUUGAAUAUUCAUCCUCUCAUUUCGCUUUAGAUCCAAGCAUUUCUUCCUGUUAUGAGCGGCAGUGGAAGUGCAGGGUUGCGAAUGAGUCAUCAUUACGCAGACCCUCCUGCAUUUGAAACAACACGAAAGAUAUCUACGGCUAGAUCAUAUAAUGAUAAAGCCAGAGAUGCAUUGCCUGGGCUUGGAGGAGGUACUCUGGAUACUACAUAUAGAAAUGGUAAGUUUAUGUGUGAAAGAGACAAAUCCAGUGUGCAGUGGAUUUGCUUAAAAUGAGGAGGGUGCACCCGCACCCAAACGACUUGGGAGACUAUCCCUACCUCCUCUUUAAAUGUACCCUGGUAUAUUUAUUAUUCUACUUAUUCUGACGCCCAUAUGUGAAUUUAUAGCCUUCCUGUUAUGUCGUUUUACUAAGCACUAUUAUACAACAGAUAGUGGUCAACUGAUCAUUUAUAUUUUGGCCUCUAGAUACAAUAGAUGGGGGUAAUUUUCUUGAAAAUCCACUGAAGAGGCCAGAUCUGGUAAACUAUGAAGUCCAGCGAUCAGUCGCUAUUCAUACACCUGUACAACGAGCCAGCUCUCGUUCACGAUAUGAUCAUUCAACUAAUAUUGAGCCGUAUUCAAGUUUUGAAAACUCCGCAAAACGUCAUGAAUUGGAAGUCCUUACAAAGUAAGUGUCCUUUAAAACUGUAACUCGUGAAACAUGGCCAGGAAACUAGGAAAAGAUGACUCCGCAAUAUUUCCUACUUUCCACAAAAAGUUUCGGAUUGAUAGCGAUACAACUACCUGAAAAAUAAAAGGAGAACUUCGAACAAUCUAAUGUUCAUUUUUUCUCUGAAGACGGCCCGAGUACACGGGCCGAAAGCUCAGAAUUAAAUUAAAUACAUCCAUGGUGUAACCACAAAUUGUUCCUUAUCUUUUUAUGUGUUUUUUUUUUCUCGUUUAAAGAGUCAACCCGUGUGGUAUACAGUUUGGAGAACCUUCACUAGAUCACCUCUAUAAGCCAUCAGGUUUUGCGAGAUCAUCUGGUUACAAAGUAAUGGCACCAGCAUACGAACAUGGGAACAGUACAUUUGCUCACACUGGAUCAAACACACAAGGAUCAUUUACUGUCGCUCCUGAUUGGGUCUCUGAAAGAAAAAAAGCUGUUGUCGUUAGACAUUGA